AGAACAUAUACAAAGGGAAAAUAGUAAAGAUGUUGUUAAUUUAGGUAAUGAAUUAGAUAAAUUAAAUGAAUUUUCUUCAGUCGUAUAAUUAUUGCAUGUAUCCUUAUCGUCCACCAAUAUAUUAUAAUUUGUAUGCAGAGAAUAUUCAAGAACAAAAUUAAGCUGCUGCAACAUAUAAACAGGAAGUAGUAUAAUGGUAUAUUUCAUUUUGAUAUAUCUAUAGGCUUUUCAAAUAAGAAUAAUCUGUAUUGUAUAAACUAUUUCAGAUAAAGGGAUAAAUAAAAACAUUUCCAAUAAUGAAAAUGUAUAUCCAUGAUAAACAAUUUCAACCAUCAAAUUAUGCUCUUCUUCAACAGUUAAUAUUAAUUAAUUAUUCAUAGAGCUACAAUUAAAUUAGAGUCUAAAAUUGAUGAUUAGUUUAUAAUGAAGACACGAAUACUUCACAAAAAAACAGAUGUACAUUAUAUAAUUAUUGAGUUUAGGAACUAUUUGAUAAAUUGAUUAUUUUUGAUGAUGAAAAUUUUCUAGAUACUAUUAUAGUAAAAGAACCUCAUUUAGAUAAUUUAAUUGAUUUUCUUGAAUUGUUGGAUGAACUUUCUGACAAAUAUUUUUUAUCUACUUCUGCGAAAUCAAAUUUAGAAAAAGAAGAGGAUCCAGUUUGGUUUCAUUAAAAUAGUUUUCAUAGUUGUUCAUCAUGGAUUAUAAAAGAAUUCGAAAAAAAUAUUAAUUUUUAUUACAAUAUUCAUAAAGAAAAAAAAAAAAAAUACCAAUUUUAGAGAUUGACAAUUAAUAAAAAUAACUCAAAAGACUUAUAGGAAUAUUUUGAAAAAAAUUUAGCUAAUAAUAAAGAGAAAGUACAGAUAUUAAUCAAUUUAUUAGUUGAGUUUUUAUUUUGAAUAAAUUUAUACAGAAAUAAAAGGAAAUCCAUAGAAGUUAGAAAAUGUUUUUUAUGAAAAUAUAUUUUCAGGGACAGCAAUUAAAUUAAUUAAAUCUUAAGUGGAAUUAUCAUUAAAUUUUUAAUAAAAAUGUCAUACUGAUCCUAAUAUUAUAAAUUCAAUGUUAAUUUCUUAAAUGUCAGAUUUAUUAGAUUAGAAAACAUAUUUUUUAAAGAAAUUUUAUUCUGUUGUAAUUCAAUUAUUUUAGGAAAAUUUGGAAAAAGAGUUAUUUAAUAAUGAAACAUCAAUUAAAAAGAAGAAAGAUAAAAAAAAGACAAAGAAAAAAAAAUCUGAGAGAACUUAAUAUAAGAAAGUUCUUGAUCCUAUAGAAUUAAAUUAACGUCUCUCAAGUAAAAAUUUACAAGAAUCAAACAUACUAAGAUUUUAGAGAUCUUAUUCUCAGAAUAAUUAUGUAUAUACUUAUGUUACUCCUCCGAAUACACCUUCAGAAUGGGAACAUAGUGAUGAUUAAAAGUAUAAAUUAAUAUCUUAUUUAAGUGAAAUAAAUUAUCAAUGUUAGAAUCAAAAUAAUGAAAAUAAAUAAAAAGAGAGUUAAAAAUCAAUUGAUUUAGGAUAAACAAAUAUAUCUUAAGCAUUUGUAGAAAAUAUAGAAAAUCCUACAAAUGAUGAUUUUGUAGAAUAUACACAGUGUUUAACAUAAAAUAUUCUAUAAACAAUAUAUGAAUCUUUAGUAGAUGAAAAUAGUUAUAAAGAAGAAGUUAUAAAAGAGAAAAAGAAAGUAAAGAAAAAAUAGAAAACUUUAUGGAGGUCUAUUCCAGAUAGUAGGGAUGAAUAAAUGUAAUUAUUAUCUCCAUAAUCUGAAAUUACAACAGAAACUUAAGCUUAAACAAUAAGAAGUCUUUGUUCAAAUAGAACAGCUUCAACUUCAGAAGAAGAGAAAAAAUAAAGAAGAACAAAAAAAUUUGUUUCCUAAUUUGACUAAUAAGAAAAAGAAUAAAAUUCAUCUUAUAAUCAAAUAAAAGAUAGAAGCUUAAAAGAAUAGAUUGAAAAUACACAAUAAAGAGGAUAAUAGAAACUUAUUGAAUAAAUUAAUUAUGAUAUAAUUGAAUUCACUGAUAGCAUAAUGAAUGAAUAUGAAGAUAUGUUACCAUUUAGACUAUUAGUUUUUGAUAGAAUUAAGUUAGUUAUAUAAAAAGUAUUUUAUGGAAUACCAGAUGAUAUGAUAUAGUAAGUAAUAUAAUUUAUUUAAGAUUAUUUGGUUCUUGUGCAACAGGAUUAGCUUUAAUUGAUUCUGACAUUGAUAUUGGUAUUAGUGGUUUCUAACCUAUGAAUAGAAAUGUUAUUAAAGCUCUUUUUGAUAACUUAUUUUUUGAAUUCUCAAAAAGGAAAUGGGUUAUAAAAUCAAAGUAUUUAAUUAUUACAAACUUAGUCCUAUUUUUAAUUCAGUUGUUCCUGUUAUUAAAUUAGAAAUUGAUCCUUAAGUUUCUUAAACAGAAUUUGAAGGAAGAAAUCUUAAUGAAACAGAUAUUUAGAAGUGGAAAAAAAUUAAAUAAAGGAUAAAAUGUUGCAUAAAAGUGGAUAUCUCCUUCAAUUUUAAUGGAAACACAUAUAAUUCUCCUCAUUCUGGGUUUAUUACUACAGAUUUAGUUAAAUAAUGGAUGAAAGAAUAUCCUGCUAUUUAAUAAUUAGUAUUAAUUUUAAAAAGUAUAAUAAAAAAACUAGGAUUAUCUGAAUCAUAUACAGGUAAAAAAAUAUAAUAUUAUUAAAUAGGUGGUUUAUCUUCUUAUUCAUUAAUUAUUAUGGUUUAUUCUUAUCUAAGAGAAAAUAGAGUUACUUAAAAUUAAAUAGGAGAAUUAUUUAUUGAUUUACUUAAUUAUUUUGUUAAUGAAUUUAACUCUUCAACAACAGGAAUAGGUCUUUUAGCUGAUAUCAAAAAUCCAUCCUCAAGGUAUUAUAAUCAUAUAUAUUAUAGCUACUUUUUUAAUUUAUAAGAUUAUUGUUUACCAUAAUUACCAAUAACAAUUUUUAAUCCUUUAAAUAGAAAACUUUUAACUAAUACUUGUGUUCAUAUUGCCAAGAUUUUUGAUUUUUUUAAAGUGGCUUUAAAUCAACUUGAUUAAAGAAGAGAAUUCUAUUGCAAUUAUGUAAUUUUAGGAAAGAAAAAACAAUAAAAACUUAAUAAAACCUUGGGAAAUUUAAUCACUAACUUAUUAGAAUCAAUAAAAUGA